AUGAAGAAGAGUACAACUAAUGAUGCCGUAAAGGAACGUGAAGAGAAGAAACGAAGUUCUUCGGAUGGAGUGUAUUUCAAGAAAGGAAAGGCUUUGAUGGAUUUGGAGAGAGUUCAGCGGAAGCUACGGAACAAUUUGUACAACAAAACUGAUCAAUUUGCUGCUGAUAUCAGAACGGUGUUUCGCAAUGUCAUGUCCCAGUAUCCCUCGGGGCAUGAAGUUCAUCGAACCGCCGCAAAGUUAAGCUAUCUUUUCGAGACAAAGUGGAAGGGUUUGGAGGGAAGAUGGCUAGCUAAAGAAAACAAGUUAGAGAAAGAAGAGUCAAAGCCAAAUUCACUGCCUUUGAAAUCGAAUGCAGGGCAGAAAAGGAAACAAUUUUCUGGUUCAGAUUUGUCAAUUGCUACUGCCGAAGCUAAAUUGAUACUGAAAAAGAAGAAAACCAUUGAAGCUGCACAACAGAACAGAGUUUCCUUGCAAAGGAAGAAACAAAGGGAGAUGAUGCAAAAAAUGGAGAGAACAAUUUUCUUUGAUGAAGCUUUCAAGUCCUUUCAGGAUUUGGAAAACUUGUGUGGCCAUUCACCAACACAUUAUUGCACAAAGGAAAAUCCAUUGUUGAAGAACCUUACAGGUUUGGUUCUCAGGGAAGAGGAUUUUGAAGACAACAACUUUCUUAAUGAGGAUUUGGAAGAAGGAGAAGUUUUCUGA